AACUCUAAGAUUCUAUGAUUCUCUAAGAUUCUAUGAACCAACCCAGACCCACAGAAACGCCUAGAGUAACUGUAUUGGUUAGAGACUUUAAUAUGCAUCAUAAACGUGUUUUAAAUAGUGGUUCCAACUUUAAGGCACUAUUAUGCUUUCCCCCAAGAAAUGACAAACUGCUAUCGUUGUUGCUUAUGGUAUUUUAAGUAAAGUUUAUUUCCUGUGGAAAAAGUAAUAGAAUAUAUUCUUUUUUAAUAAAAGUGAAAACACGAAGGAAAUAUUCUGAUUCAGAAAGCUACCUUCCCUCUCCUGUCUAAGAAGAGUUACUCAUUAGGCCAUCUCGCUUUUAUCUCUUUGUGGGUGUGAUGUACAACAAUGUACAGAUUGCAUACUCCUGUUUCUCAGAGGAGCCCUAGCCUAGAGGAGAGGUGUGACUGCUCUCCUGGGAUCAGAUUUCUGUUCUCCCAACAGAAAACAGUCUGCUCCGACAAAGGAAGGCUUGAAAGGUUCCAAGAUGCUGCUCCAGUUGCUCUCUGUCCUCUGGGAGGCCUUGUCCCUGCAAAUCGUUCUGGUGUUUCUGGCAAUAUUUCUGCUUCUUGCUGAUUACAAGAAAAGGAUUCGUCCAAGGGAUUUCCCCCCAGGGCCCAGGCCUCUUCCCUUGCUGGGUAAUAUACCACAUUUUGGUGCAAAGGACCCACAUUUGGCAGCACGGAAGCUGGCAGAAAAAUAUGGCAAUGUCUUCAGCAUUCAGGUUGGGAAAAUAUGGAUCGUGAUUGUGAAUGGAUUGCAUCUGGUGAAGGAAGCUCUUGUCCAUCAGGGUGAAAACUUCAUAGAUCGUCCAGUUGAUCCUCUUUCCAAGGAAAUCAGUAGGUCAUUGGGAGUGGUCUCCUCUAAUGGUCUCACCUGGAAACAACAGAGAAAAUUUGCCAUAUCAAUGCUCAGAAACUUUGGUUUGGGUAAAAGGACUUUAGAAGAACGAAUACAGGAAGAGAGCCAAUACCUAAGGGAAGCUAUUGAAGCUGAGAAAGGGCAGCCAUUUGACCCUAAACUUCAGAUUAAUAAUGCUGUUUCAAAUAUCAUUUGUUCUGUCACUUUUGGGGACCGCUUUGAUUACCAUGACAGUAAUUUCCAGAAGUUAUUGCUCUUCCUUGAUGAGAUAAUGUAUCUUCAGGGAAGUAUGUGGACUCAGCUGUACAAUGCAUUUCCCACUCUCAUGAAGCACUUGCCAGGGCCCCAUCAGACCGUUAAAAGAAACUGGGGAGAACUGAAAUCCUUUGUGGGAGAAAUCGUUGAAAAACAUGAAGAAGACCAGAACCCAUCUGAACCCAGAGACUUCAUAGAUGCCUAUCUAAAUCAAAUGGCCACGGAGGAUGCUGCUUCCAGUUUUCAUAAAGACAACCUCCUACAAUCAACACUGGAUCUCUUUCUUACUGGAACAGAAACAUCUUCUACAACCCUGCGCUGGGCCUUGCUUUACAUGGCCAUUUUCCCGGAAAUUCAAGCCAGAGUCCAAGCGGAAAUAGAUUCUGUGAUUGGUCAGUCUCGCCAGCCAGCGAUAGGUGACAAGGACAGCAUGCCCUAUACCAAUGCGGUUGUUCAUGAAGUUCAAAGGAUGAGCAGCAUUGUGCCUUUGAAUGUGCCCCGGAUAACAACUAAGGACACAACACUGGCUGGGUUUCAUGUGCCCAAAGGAACCAUAUUGAUCACCAACCUGACCUCAGUGCUCUUUGAUGAGGAUGAGUGGGAAACACCCAAUGAGUUUAAUCCUGGCCAUUUCCUAGAGAAUGGUCAGUUCCGGAAAAGGGAAGCAUUCCUGCCAUUCUCUGCAGGAAAGCGAGCUUGUCUUGGAGAGCAGUUGGCGAGGACUGAGCUUUUUAUUUUCUUCACUGCCCUACUUCAGAAGUUCACUUUCCAGGCUCCAAAAGGCAUGACAUUAAGCCUUGACCAUCGGUCAGGUCUUACGUUAUCCCCCCAGCCAUACCGGAUAUGCGCAAUCUCUCGCUGAGGGGACUCAUAUUAUGGCACUGCUCAUUAAAAGAAGAUGGUGAAGAAUUUGGCCAGCACUGCCUCCUAAGUUUCUGCCCUUAGGGGGACAGCUCAGUAGUCAAUGCUCAAUAGUAAUGCGUGUCCAUUGUAUUUAGAAGGCCUCAAGUUCAAUCUGCAUGACUGGUGUGUGGUUCUUCUCAUAAAUGAUCUCAAGUAUGUGACUUUUAAAAUUGUCCUGGGGGGCACAGCUAGGGCAAUGUCUUAUAAACCAGCAAAGCCUUGUACCUGAACCACUUCAACAUUCAAAUGCCAGAUCAAUAACUUACUAUUGAGAAAGGUUCAGAUGUCUGGUAAAUUGUAGACUUCGAUAUUCAAACUGUAGUUGGUCUACAGGUCAUGGCAAAUUUUAAUUUGGUUCAAACAGUUAAUUUAAUGAAAAAGGCUUACUAAAAAGUUUUAGUAAGUUGGCAACACCAGUUCAGAAGCACUGUGUACUUGGGCCAAUCUAGCAAAGGCCAACCUGUGUACUUGGCAAUCUAGCAAGUUAAUGUUUAUUACAGACAUCAGUGCUUAUGACAUAGGUGAACAGAGUGAUUUUAAAAGGAUUGCUAGCCUGGAUCCUUGGGGUGUGUUUAUUUAUAACCCAUCUUUUAAAUGGUAGUCUACCUUUGUAGGAUAAUUUCUUCAUUCUAAUUUCUAUUCCCUUCUCUCAGGACUUCUCUUCACUAGUGAUAAAAAGUUCUAAAUUGUGUAAUACUUGAUUUGGUAAUAAAGCCUUGAACUUUCA